GGCGUGGCCAGAGGCCGGACCGCUCGGGGUCUGAGCCUCAGUGGGCGAUGGUAGUGGGUCCUAGACCUUUGCUUUCAACGCCCCUUUCCCCGCCCCUCGCCGGCACACAAUGACAGGUCAGAUUUACAGAUCAUGUUUGGGCACCAUGGAACCUUUAGGUUCUACUUUAACAGCAACUUAUGCCUGCCCUCCACCAGCACCAACCAGCUUUCUACCAGCUAUCAGUACCCUGGCAUCGAGCUACAGGAACUACUUUCCCCAUCGCAAUUUUACCCACAGCUUGAGCCUUCCUUGGAGACCCAGCACAUACUACAAAGUUGCCUCCAACUUUCCGACGUUGGGCCCAUACUGCACCAGAUCACAGAGGGUGUCAGAGAGCAGCAUGCUUCCCUUUGUUUCCAACAGAACCACUCUCUUCACAAGAUAUACUCCUGAUGAUUGGUACAGGUCCAAUUUAACCAACUUCCAAGAGUCUAAUACAUCCCGGCACAAUUCAGAGAGACUCAGAGUAGACACAUCUCGCCUCAUUCAAGACAAGUAUCAACAAACAAGAAAAACCCAGGCCGACACCAACCAAAAUUUGGGAGAACGUGUCAAUGACAUAGGAUUUUGGAAAUCUGAAAUCACUCAUGAGUUGGAUGAAAUGAUUGGGGAGACAAAUGCACUUACUGAUGUUAAGAAAAGAUUGGAGAGGGCUUUGGCAGAGUCUGAAGCCCCCCUUCAGGUUGCUCGAGAAUGUCUCUUUCAUCGAGAGAAGAGAAUGGGAAUUGAUCUAGUUCAUGACGAAGUUGAGAAACAACUGCUGACGGAAGUUGAUGUUAUUCUAUGCUGUCAAGAAAGAAUGAAGCUACAUUUGGAUAAGGCUAUUGCCCAACUUGCAGCUAAUAGAGCUGCCCAGCACGAGCUAGAGAAGGACCUAAGCGAUAAACAAGCAGCUCAACGGAUUGAUGAUAAAUGUCACCACCUGCGCAACACUUCAGAGGGCGUCAGCUUCUUCCGUGGAGUGGAGAAGGUGGAUGCGACGGUCUCGGUGCCUGAGUCCUGGGCCAAAUUUACAGAUGACAAUAUUCUCCGCUCUCAGUGUGAACGGGCAGCUUCUGCCAAGCUAAGAAAUGAGAUCGAAAACCUUCUGGUUGUGACUGCCAACGAGAUGUGGAAUCAAUUCAACAGAGUGAACUUGGCUUUCACCAAUCGCAUUGCUGAGACUGCAGAUGCUAAGAAUAAGAUCCAGGUUCAUUUAUCCAAGACACUACAGGAGAUUUUCCAGACGGAGGGGACCAUAGAAUCCAUCAAGAAGGCCAUCAAGGAGAAGUCUGCCUUCCUGAAGGUGGCCCAGACCAGACUGGACGAGCGGACGAGGAGACCCAAUAUAGAGCUCUGUCGGGACAUCGCUCAAUUACGCCUUGUGAAUGAGGUCUAUGAGGUCGAUGACACCAUCCAGACCCUGCAGCAGCGUCUGAGGGAAGCCGAGGACACCCUGCAGUUCCUGGUCCACACCAAAGCUACCCUGGAGCAUGACCUGGCUGUCAAAGCCAAUACCCUGUACAUUGACCAGGAAAAAUGCAUGGGCAUGCGCAAGAGCUUCCCCACCACCCUCCGACUGGUGGGCUACUGUUAGGGACCCUGCCAACAGUGGUUUUGAUACUCCUAAGCAAAAGGAGAACCAGGGCCCUGACUCAGCGUUUAACUGAGUGCUAAUAUAUAUUCACAUAUUAAAGCAUUGUAUUGAUAGAAAUAUACCCAUCUCUUGUCUCGGAAAGAUUUUUGUACGUGUCUAAAAACUUAUUUUCUGCUAUCUUCUAGGCUUCUGGGUUAUAAGGAAUAGAUAAAGAAAUGCAACCAAUUAAUGGAGAAGUUAGGCAAGAAUACUUGUUGGAUUCUUAUUCUUUCAGUUAGCUUUUUUGUGGCUGUGACACAAGACUUGAAAAAAAAAACCCACAAUUUUAGAGCAGGGGAAAAGUUAAUUUUGUGCUCACAGUUUCAGCGGUCUCAGUCCACAGAUGACUGGCGCCAUUGUACUGGGACCACUGUGAGGCAAAACAUCAUGGUGGAAGAGUGUGGUGGAGGGAAGUAGCCCAGGACACGACCCCAGGAGGCAGAGGUAGAGCUCCACUCACCAGGGACACAAUGUAGACCCCAAAGGCACAUACCCAGUAGACCUAUGUCCUCCAGCCACACCCUACUGCCUAUAGUCACCACCACUUAAUCCAUUCAAGUGGAUUAAUGCAGGAGAUUAGGUUAGGGCUCUCAAUCAGUUCGACCUCUGAAAUGUUUCUUGUUGUCUUACACAUGAGCUUUGGAGGGACAUCUCAUGUCUAAACCAUAACACUUACUCUGGGUGUAGCAUAAAUGGGCUGGAAAGCAGGACUGCAUUUUCUGUGAGCCACUCAGAUCAGGAAUCACAAUGCUGUAGUUUGGAAGUUGAAUGUACUUCAAAGGCCCUUGUGUAAAGGCUGGGUCUCUCCUGUAGUUCUAUUGCGGGGGGGAUCUGGAGGAGGUAGAGCCUAGUGGGAGGUCCAUAGACUAUAAGGCUGUGAGCUGCCCUUGAAGGUGAUUGUAGACCAACCUCUUCCUCUUUAUUCUUUUGUGGCCAAGAGGUAUGCAGGGUUUUGUUUUUGUUCCACUUCUCUUUACCAUUGCCUCCUAGAACCCCAGAGACCCAAAGCAAUGAAUCAACAGAUCUUGGCCUAGAACCUCCAAAACUGUGACCAAAAUAAACCUUUUCUUUUUAUAAGUAAAUUAUCUCGGGUACUUUGUUACAGUGAUCAAAAGUUGACUAGCAUCCAAAAACAGGUUUCAUUUUGAGCUCUGCCUUAAAGGACACAUAGAAGUGGAAAGGUCUUUGGGUAUGAGGUAAUUGGGGUAAUUUGAGCAAAAGCAUAGGUAGAAAACAGAGUAUGUAAGUAGA